AAAAAUGACUCUCAUGUCCUAUAUACUGUAUUUUUUUUAGUACAUACGGUAUAUUUUGUUAAACUGUUAUAUCUCCCGCAGACAUUUCAUUUUGCACUUUUGACUCUUUGACUCAUAGAACAGCAGCCAUGGUUAAGCAAUUUCGAGGCACUGUGACGGACUUUGCAGGUUUUGAUGCCAGGGCUGAUGCAGAGACACUGUACAAUGCCAUGAAAGGCAUUGGCAGUGACAAGGAGGCCAUUUUGGAUGUAAUCACUGCUAGAAGUAACGGCCAGCGGCAGGAAAUCGCUGCAGCCUACAAAUCUUUGUAUGGCCAGGAUCUGAUUGGUGAUCUUAAGUAUGAACUGACGGGCAAGUUUGAGCGUCUCAUCGUCUCAUUGAUGAGGGCUCCAGCUUUUCAUGAUGCCAAAGAAAUUAAAGAUGCAAUCAAAGGUCUAGGGACCAAUGAGAAGUGCCUGAUUGAAGUCCUGGCCUCCAGGAACAAUGAGCAGAUCCUUGCUUUGCGAGAUGCAUACAAAGAAGCGUACGGUAGAGACGUGGAGGCGGACGUUAUAGCUGACACGUCGGGACACUUUAAGAAGAUGCUGGUGGUUUUACUUCAGGGAACCAGAGAAGAGAACACAGUAGUGAAUGCAGAUCUUGUUGAGGAGGAUGCCCAGGAGCUGUAUGCCGCUGGGGAGGCCAAGUGGGGCACUGAUGAGGCCACAUUCAUUAUGAUAUUAGGGAACCGCAGCAUCGCCCACCUUCAGCUGGUGUUUGACGAAUAUCAGAAGAUAGCAGAGAAAUCCAUAGAAGACAGCAUCAAGAGUGAGCUGUCAGGGGACUUUGAGAGACUCAUGCUGGCUGUGGUGCAGUGCAUUAGGAGCGUGCCCAUGUUCUUUGCCAAGCGUCUCUACAUGGCAAUGAAGGGUUUGGGAACAGCGGACAACACUUUGAUCCGGAUCAUGAUCUCACGCUCUGAGAUGGAUAUGCUGGAUAUCCGGGAAUGCUUUCGUCUCCAGUAUGAGAAGUCCCUGUACAACAUGAUAAAGGAUGACACAUCGGGGGACUACAAGAGGACUUUGCUUAGCCUCUGUGGUGGCGAUGAUGACCUAGCUGGAGAAUUUUUCCCCGAAGCAGCGCAGAUAGCCUACAAGAUGUGGGAAGUUAGCGCCAUGACCAAAGUGCAGCUACGAGGAACGAUAUAUGCUUCUUCUGGCUUUAAUCCCGGAAGUGAUGCCAAAGCUUUGAGGAAGGCCAUGAAGGGCUUUGGUACUGAUGAAGAUACUAUAAUUGAUAUUAUAACCCACAGAAGUAAUGCACAGAGACAAGAAAUCAGGAAAGUCUUCAAAUCUAGCUUUGGGAGGGACCUCAUGGCUGACCUUAAAUCGGAGCUCUCAAAGAACUUGUGCCGGUUGAUUCUGGGCUUGAUGAUGACUCCAGCAGAGUUUGAUGCAAAAAUGAUGAAAAAGGCAAUGGAGGGUGCCGGUACAGAUGAACAUGCUUUAAUUGAGAUCCUUGUCACCAGGAGCAACGAAGAGAUUAAAGCCAUAUGUGCCUCCUUUGAAGAAGCACACAAGAAAAGCUUGGAAGCUGCCAUCACUUCAGAAACCUCUGGACACUUCUGUCGGAUCCUUGUCUCUAUGGUGCAGGGAGCUAGAGAGGAAAGCCCAGCAGACACUGGCAGGGCAAUGGAAGACGCUCAGGAACUUGGUGAUGCAUGCAACGAUGACUCCAGUGCCAUGGAAACCCGCUUCAUGAGCGUGCUGUGCACCAGGAGUUUCCCUCACCUGCGGAGAGUGUUUCAAGAGUUUGUCAGAUGCACCAACAAGGAUAUUGAACAGAUCAUCAAAAAAGAGAUGUCUGGAGAUGUCAAAAAUGCCAUGUAUGCCAUUGUGCGGAGUGUAAAGAACCAGACGUCUUACUUGGCAGACCGCUUAUAUAAAGCAAUGAAGGGCCUUGGCACAGAUGACCGGGCACUUAUCAGAAUCAUGGUGUCUCGCAGUGAAGUUGACCUCUUCAACAUUCGGAAGGAGUUUAAAGACACCCAUGAUGUCUCUCUCCAUGACUUCAUUCAGGGUGACACUUCAGGAGACUACCGUAAAGCGCUUCUGGUGCUCUGUGGAGGAGAGGACUAGUGCACCCGGUUGGUUCCAUGACACCCCAGCAUGAUCCACCAAUACGCCAGUUCACUGCGUACCGACAGGACUGUGGAUUGGAUGAAAUAACAGGCUCCUGCUUUGCUUUGGAUCCUGUUUUUGCUGCUGCUUUGCCAAACCAAGCUGACCCACUGUCUAGGCUUCUCAGUAGCAUCGGUCACGAUUUAAACCCAUGUGUCUCACAGCUUGUCUUUGCGAUGGGCACACAAUCGUAAAGGCAUUUGUGUAUUUUAAAACCAACCAAGAAUCACUAUAGCAUUAAUGUGAAAAUGUUACGUAGGUACAACUGUAUCUCCAACCCAGAUCUGGAAGCAAGAUAGUUGAUGCUGUUCCAAUCUGUAAACCAUGUUAUGCUGUUUAUGUAUUUCUGUUAAAUAUCUUAAAUAAAAAUUAUUUACGGGGGAGAAUAAAAUCCA